CUGUUCUUUGGAAAUUCUCCAGGACGAGACGAUGACGAUGACGUCCUACGCUCUCUCUUCAUCUUCCUUCUGCCGCAAUUCUCGCAUCCCUGCUAUCAGUUCAUCCUCUCUCUCCCGUAUUCCUCAUCUUAAUGUCAGUAACAAGCUCACACUUUCUCCACCGCAGUUUCUGAACGCCGGCGUGAGCCUCUGCGGUUUAUCGGUUCCGGGGAAGUUCCCGAGUGUAAGAGCACUUAGGGUAAAGUGCGAGAAAGAGGAUACAAUAAAGGGUGAGACAGAGGAUGAGGCGGAGCGAUUCGCGAGGCGAGAAAGCACUAUGCCUGAUAGAUUCAGACAUUUGACCAAAGAAGCACCCGACACUCCUGUUAGAUGGCCCUGGUUUAUCGCGUUAGCGUUUCUUGUUUAUGCGUGGAGAGCUGUCUUGUUUGAGCUAUCAAACUGGAGAAACACUGCUUUCGCCAUCGUUAGAUUUCUCGGAGACCUUUCGAAGUUCGCGUUGGCACUCGUCUUCCACUUUAUAGGAGAUCCCAUCACAUCUCUCAUCGCCCUCGUGGAAACAGCAAUCUACAGCGUCCGGGCCUUCUACUCAGGGAUCGUGGCUUACACGCCGGUGAGAGAGUUAACCACUGUGAUCCUUCUCGCGUCAUCCGUGCUUGCGAUAGGAGAAGCGGUUGCGCCAAACUCCAUCAGCAAGCAGCCGUAUGUGGUAACUCUUGCGGGUCUAGUGGGGUAUGCAGCUGUGCAGGGGUACAUCUCGGAGCCGUUGUUCUGGACUGUCUUGGUGGGUAUGUAUGGGUAUUCGAGGUUGGUAAGGAAGAGAGACGAUGUGACAUCGGCGUUGCCUUCUGCGGCUGUUCUGGCGGGAGUAGGGGAGCCGUGGGUGAGAGUGGUGGCUAUCGCAGGGUAUUUGGCUCUAGCCAUGUAUCAUAAUUCAACUAAGAAGAGCUCAUCUGAAGAAGAGGAGGGACAGAUCGUGAGGAAGGCACCACCUGUGCCGUUGUUGGCUGCAGCUUUGGCUAUUGGGGUAAGGCUUGCUGCUAAAUGGGCUGGUUACAGGCACUUGACUUGGAUGAUUGUUUAAAUUCUCUGCCACUUAAAGACCAAACAAAACUAGUUUGUGUUGUACUUUAUAACCUCUACCCACUGGUUAGUAAUGUUUCUUUUUUUUUCGCGUUGAUUUA